AUGUUGAUAGAACCCGAUUUACGCUCUUUUGAUACCGUGUCUUCCGAGUUGCUCCGCCAUUUCGACAGUGGCGUAGCGAGCAAACUCGCGUGGGUGGAUGGGCCAUCGAACCCCUGGCGACACAUCAUCCUCCCGCUCUCCCACGUGUCUCCAACUGUACUCUCCUCCGUGCUCGCGAUUGCGGCGCAAGACCUCGCAUACAAGUACACCCCCGACCAUCCGUACCCACGCCGUCUACGGACUAUAUCAUUCCAUUAUUUGGGACAAGCGCUGUCGUCCCUCCGACAACAGCUGGGAGCCCUGCGAAGGACGCCUGGGGCCGCCAUCUGCCCCAGCCAGGCACGAUGCCUGCUUGCAUCUACUCUACUGCUGUACAAUCUCGAAUUGCUCACCCCAGAGGCGGCUCGAUGGCAGCUGCAUAUCCAAGGGGCCCGGGCUAUCAUUCAAGAAGCCAUCCGCUGUCCCAAUUCUCUCGAGGAGGCUGACGUCUUUCUCUUCUACGAAUACUACUACGCCUGCGUUUUCAUCGGCCUAACUACGUUUGACCCCACGGAUGGCACUCCCAACGACAUUCCCACCCACGAUCGCAUCACCAUCUUCAGCGACUUUGUCCGGAUUACGCACUCGGUGACCCAAGUUGAGCGAAUCAAGUUCACCACCGGCUCCAAUCCCCAAACGCUCCAACUCGAAGAUGUGAAGGAAGAAAUCGAAGUGGCCAAACAGAGAACCCUUCAUCUCAGCCAAGCAAUCCAAUUCAGUUCUCCCGCCGCACAGCGCGACUUUGCCCAUCUCACGUGCAUGUAUUACCACGCCAGCCUGAUCUACAGCCAGCGGGUGCUCGCAGACGACGUUUCAUCUCAGGAGGAUAGUGUUCAGGCCUCCCGCGAGGCUAUUCUCGAGCACUUGGAGAACCUGACCCAGCGGACGAAUUAUGCACAGGAUCUGGUCUGGCCGCUGUUCAUCGCGGGCACAGAAUGCAGAGCUUUGCCGGAGAAGCAGGAACUGAUCGAGCGUGCGAUGAUCGAUGUCAUGCGCGUCAGUGGAAGCUUGGAUCGGCGUCGCGUCUUGUCGUUCCUUCAGAUGUUUUGGCGGCAGGAUGUCGAUCGAAUAUUCUAUGUCUCUUCAUGCUGUCGGCAGGGCUCCGCUCGGCCUUACGUUACUCCCCGCAAGACAUUCCCGACAUUCGACAUCCAUCCCAUUCAACUCAACCCAAACCACUCCCCCACAAAGCUCAAAGCUCAAAAACUUCCAGAUCCAUGUAAAAUGUCAUUCCAGACAACUCGCGAGAAAACAAGCCUCCUCAUUCCCACCAAACAAGCCCUAACAAAACCCAAAUCCAAAAUUCUGCAGCCCAAUGCCCGCCCCGCACAUAAUCCCAUCCAAGCCACUACCACUACCACCACGACAACAACAGAUCCAGCUCCACGCGCAUCCACCGUCGAGUAUGACUUUUCCCGGAUCCCACAGCCGUUCUUGGACCCGCCGCUCUGGGAGAAUAUGAAGACCGUGGAUCGGCUGCGAGGCGAGGACUCGAAGCCGGCGGCGGGGGAUUUCGAGGCGCGGGAACGAGCGGAGUUGGAGCGUCGGCGGAGGGAGCGCGAUGCCGAGUUUGGGGGGAUGGCUGUCCGCGAGAGGAGGAGGGUGCGAUAG